UGUACUGUAAAACAAAAAAAUACUACAGACUGUUACGUUAUAAAGUUGCUGAUUGCAGUUUUAGGACUUAAUGGCAGUAGGACUGUGCCGCGAAUGGUUGAAGACAUUUAGACAUGUUUGUAACAUGUUUUUUAUUUUUGUUGCCGGGAGAAAUACGCGGGAAGCUAGCUACAUUAGCCUCUUGGAGCCCAGAGAGUUCGACUGAACCUGCACUUAAUACAUUUAAUUAGCUAUAAUAAAGUCACAUAACUGUCAAUCGUCAUGCUUUGUUGUAAAAUUUGAGGGUUGCUAUAAAUACCAGUGCUCCUAGGCAGUGACGAUCCUUAAAGUUUUGUCUAUGAGCCCCUGUCUGAAUACACUGAUUGCAGCUAGGUCAUGUACUUGAAUCAAAAACGAACUUGGGUCCUUACAUGCAAAGUUCUCUCCACCUGUCUAUGUUGAAAUAAAUAACUUCCGAAAUCUGAACAUUUCUUUUGUUUUUUUAUGUCAACAGGUUCUUCUUUGAUCUGAUCAUCUGACAUAUAUUUCUGCUGCUUCAUAGCACCCACAAAAGGCACUUUUAAGAGCCACGUCUGUCAAAUCUGUCAUCUUUCUUGUCAUAUCUGCAUCUUUGUGUCCUUAAUUUGUCUAUUGUUCUUUACUUAAUUUGUCAACAGUUCUGUUUGUUUGUUUGUUUGUUUGUUUGUUUGUUUGUUUGUUUGUUCAUCAGUAGUCUUUGUUUUCUUUUUUGCACUUUGCUGUCGUUUUUUGAGUAUGACACGCCCCAAAUUCAGGCCAUGCACGCAGUGUCAAACGCCCAAUCAGGCAAACAGAAAAACGUGUUUUGUCUGCCACCAGACUCUUUCCACAAAAAAAAAACUGAAAGAAAAGGUUCAGACAUUCAAUGGUCAGUGGAGGGAAACAGUUUUAAAAAACAGGAACGUUUCCCGCGUAAUUGAUUCUGCGCAAAUUGCAGUGCGCAAACUUCAUGCCUUAGGCUAUAAGCCUAUUUUAUUUUUUGCAAAAGAAGAGAAGUCUUCCAGCAAGUGGGUAGCAGACGUGAUGACUCAUUUGGAGUCCACUGCUACUUCAAAUAAUUUUCUUCAGAAGAUGCAGAGGGCGUAUGAAUUUCUCCUCUCUGUAGACGCGUCUGUCCCAGUGCAGCCCCACACCUCCACGGAACAACAGCUUUUUUUACCCAAAGAGCAGUGGGCUGGUGAAAAUGCUGAGAACCUGGUCUAUGAACCAGCAGAGACCAUAGCAGAGGAGGAUCCAAAGAUUGCACCACAGAAACAGGAAGAGACUGUGAUUGUGCUUGAUCUGGUUCCUGUUUCUCCUCCUGUUAUUCCAUCUUCUCCGGCUGUCCAGAAGAAGAAAAGAGCCAGAAGCACCUCUCCAGCUGCCUCUGCUUCCACUCUGCCAUCUGUCUCUCCUGUAGACCAGCCAUAUCAACAAGCACCUGCUGCCCAUGCCAUCUCAUUAAGUCAGGGUGGCCUAUUUGAAAAUAAGAAGAGAACGCGUAAGUUUUGUUUUCCUUAGUCCUGUGACUAUUUCUUUUACAUCCAUCCAUUUUUUUACACCGGGGGUCUGUAUGGCUGCUGGUGCCUAUUUCCAGCAAGAGACGGGGUUCACCCUGGACAAGUUGUCAGUCUGUCACAGGGCAACACAGACACAGAUGUCGUGGAAAAAAAUACUAUUUCCAAGCACUGUUCAGAUGAAAUUACUCAGUCAGGUUUAUUCAUAUAUUGUGCACAAUACAGAGAGCUUGUAGGACAAUCAGUAAUGAAGCAGGUCUGGAUGAAAAGCUCGUCAAGCUCUGUCAGACAGGGACAACACAUGAGUUUUAUAUCAACGAUAAAGAAUUAACAACAUA